AUGGCAGUCAAGUUGCCGGAGCUGCGGCUUCUGGAGGAGAGGAGGGAGGGGAGGGGAGGGGAGGGGAUGAGAGGCGGCCUGAUGAGAGGAGGGGAUGGCGAUGGGAGCGCAUGGAAGAGCAAGAAGGAACUAGUCUUGCUGGAGGAGCUGAAGCAGCUCCGGUUGCUCAUGCUGAAGGAGAAGGAAAGGAGUCUGAAGAAACUUCAGUCCAGCCCAGAGCCAGCUGAAGAGGAGCGGCUGAAGAGGAGCAGAGAGCGGUCCAAGCAGCUUCUCAGCUUGUCACAGACCAAGAAGUCAAGAUCCCUCAAGUCAAUCGAGGUGACUCGCCUUAACGAGCUCAAGAAGGUCCUGCAAAGCUCGCCUCCGGCCGAAGUCUGCCAGGGGGAGAUGGAGCUGCCGCGGUUCAAGAGCGUCGUGCGCAUGAAAUUUCGACCGAGCAUGGGCAUCGAGGCGUUCACGGAGGAGGAGCUCGAGCUUGUGUUCAGAGUCAUGGACUUCAGCGACAAGGGACGAGUCAACAGCGUCGACCUGCGGCGCUUUCUGAGUCAGAACAUGGAGGGAUUAGGCAGUAUCAACAUCUCCGAGCUCCACAACCUCCGCAAGAUCAUCGGGCCCGGGAACCCUCACGGAAGGAUCAGGGCCCGGGCACUGGGGUACCUCACGAGGUUCCGGAGGAGGAGGAUGCAACCUGCAUUGACCUCGCUUCUCCUCUUCUCGACAAAGGUCGGGCAUGUGGGCUUCGCAAAGCUGCUGGUCUUGUUCGGGUUCGACCUGGUGGAGUCGACAAUGAGCCUGGGGCACCUGCUUGAAAUGCUCAAGUUUGUUGGUUACAAGGUAUCUGGUGAACGAGCACUCUACCGCUCCUCCUCCCCCUCCUCCUCCUCUGCCCACCAUAGGAAAGAUCUUCCUCCUCCAGCCAUUUCUACGCUCACAUCCUCUGAAGGAUCGCUGGUGAUCAACUUGAGAAACUCUGCCAGCUCGCAGCUGAAGAUCAAGGACAAGAAUUCGGAGGCGGAGGAAGGAAGGAUGCUGGAUAUGGAUGAGUUCAAGCUUGUUUGGUCGCAUCUGGCAGCAGUGGACCCUCGAGACGUGGACGUGAACACUUCAGUUUCCCUCCGAAAAGUCUUCUUCUUCCUCUUCAGGGCCAGGAUCAUUCCCAGCUUCCUCCUUGCCCAGCAGGAGUCGUUCGAGUUGAGCUCGACCCUGCACACUGUCCCUGCCAACAAGGAGGAGGAGAUGAGAGGAGGGAGGAGUCUGAAGAUAUUCGAGGAGCUUGAAGGGGGAGAUCAUGGGAAGAGAUGGAGCCAGAUUCUCGCCAAGGUCAGCAUUAUCCAUAUCGACGCUUGCAAGCGCAACUACGUGGAGGAGAGCGAGGGAGGAAGGAGGCUUGCUCGAGUUUUCAAGUAUCUGGUCCGUCAGAACCGAGACGGAUUGUUGAGCAGGCUGGUCCCUUCCAGAGAGCAGGAGGAGAGGAGAAGAGGGUCGGACUCUGACGACUUUGACUUUCUCGCUGAAAGCACGACGAUGUUGAGAUACAAGCACAUCUCUCGUUCCGAUGCUUCUCACGCCUUCCGCUUUGCACGGAGGUUCAACCAGACCUCAAAGCUCGCAGGUCACCUAGACUGCAUGGGGUUUAUCUUCUCAGUCUUCAUCCUCUCGCACCUGCUGGGGGUAAAAUUGACCGAGAGCAAGGAGCUGAGCAACAAGCUACUUGCCCAGCUGGAGGGGUGUGAUAAGUUUGACGUCAUGCGGGAGGAGGAGCUGCAAAGCUCCUGCUUUAAGAUGGCGAGGAAGCAGCAGUGGAAUGAGUUGUGGGAUCUGCUGCACGAGACGGACAGGCAAGGGAAGCUCAAGAGAUCUGCUCGGGAGGUCCUCUGGUUCGCCAGGGACGAGACGUCGCAGACGCUGCUGCACUUGGCCUGCCUGCAGGGGCAGCCCUCGGCAAUCCGCAAACUAAUUGAGCUCGGUCCGUUUCAUGGAAACCCGUUCAGCUCGGGUGUUUGUGGGGUGACCAGCUGGGCAGGAUUCGAUCCGCUGGUGAGGGACAGCAACGAAGUCUCCCCACUUCACUGCUGCGCGUGGGAAGGGAACCAGGAGGGGAUGGAGGUCGUGCUGGAGGCGAUCAGCGAAGGAGCAGGAGCAGGGGCAGGGGCGGGAUUAAGAGCAGGAGCAGGAGCAGGAGCAGGAGCAGGAGCAGGAGCAGGAGCAGGAGCAGGAGCAGGAGCAGGAGCAGGAGCAGGAGCAGGAGCAGGAGCAGGAGCAGGAGCAGGGAUAGUGAGAAAGGGCAGCAGGAAGAGAAAACGUGGGAAGGGGAAGGGGUCGAGGGGGUUUUGA